GCCGGCAUCCCCCUGCACCGCCAGGUUACGCGCACCCUCCCUCCCACAUCCCCUCACCGACCCUCGUCAUGGCCUUCCUCGACCCGUCCCAGGCAAAGGCGCACCUCGCGACCUACUCGCGCAACGACGGCCUCUCGGUCCGCGAGCUCAUGGACUCGCAGAAGCAGGGCGGCCUCACCUACAACGACUUCCUCGUCCUCCCCGGCCACAUCAACUUCCCCGCGAGCGCCGUCUCGCUCGAGUCGCGCGUCACCAAGAAGACGGUCCUCAAGACCCCGUUCCUCUCGUCCCCGAUGGACACCGUCACCGAGACCGACAUGGCCAUCACUAUGGCGCUCCUCGGCGGCCUCGGCGUCAUCCACCACAACCUGCCCGCCCAGAUGCAGGCCGACAUGGUUCGCGCCGUCAAGAAGUUCGAGAACGGCUUCAUCACCGACCCGGUCUGCCUCAGCCCGUCUGGUACGGUCGCAGACGUGUGGAAGAUCAAGGAGACGCAGGGCUUCUGCGGCAUCCCCAUCACCGACUCGGGCAAGCUCGGCGGCAAGCUCCUCGGCAUCGUCACCGGCCGCGACAUCCAGUUCCGCCCGUCCAACGCCUCGCUCGAGUCGGUCAUGACCCAGGGCGCCGACCUCGUCACCGGCCGCUCGGGCAUCACGCUCGAGCAGGCCAACGACAUCCUGCGCGACAGCAAGAAGGGCAAGCUCCCGCUCGUCGACUCGGAGGGCCGCCUCGUCGCGCUCCUCGCCCGCUCGGACCUCCUCAAGAACAAGGACUACCCGCUCGCGUCCAAGAAGCCCGACUCGAAGCAGCUCAUCUGCGCCGCCGCGAUCGGCACCCGUGGGCCCGACCGCGACCGCCUGCGCCUCCUCGCCGAGGCCGGCCUCGACAUCGUCGUCCUCGACUCGUCGCAGGGCAACUCGGUCUUCCAGCUCGAGAUGAUCCAGUGGAUCAAGCAGACGUUCCCCGACAUCGAGGUCAUCGCCGGCAACGUCGUCACGCGCGAGCAGGCCGCCGAGCUCAUCCAGGCCGGCGCCGACGGCCUCCGGGUUGGCAUGGGCUCGGGCUCGAUCUGCAUCACGCAGGAGGUGACGGCCGUCGGUCGCCCGCAGGCGACAGCGGUGUUUGCCGUCGCCGAGUUUGCGCGCCAGUUCGGCGUGCCCGUCGUGGCCGACGGCGGCAUCUCGAACGUCGGCCACAUCGCCAAGGCGCUCGCGCUCGGCGCGUCGGCCGUCAUGAUGGGCGGUCUCCUCGCCGGCACGACCGAGUCGCCCGGCGAGUUCUUCUACAACGAGGGCAAGCGCCUCAAGAAGUACCGCGGCAUGGGCUCGAUCGACGCCAUGGACGCCGGCACGCAGAAGGGCCAGACCAAGGUCGACGAGAUCGACAACGCCGCCACGUCGCGCUACUUCUCCGAGGGCGACUCGGUCCGCGUCGCGCAGGGCGUCGCCGGCUCGGUCGCCGACAAGGGCUCGCUCAAGCGCUUCCUCCCGUACCUGUACGCCGGCCUGCAGCACUCGCUCCAGGACAUGGGCACCGACUCGGUCGCCAAGAUGCAGGACCAGGCGUUCGACGGCACGCUCCGGUUCGAGCUGCGCACGGCGAGCGCCCAGAUCGAGGGCGGCGUGCACGGCCUCCACUCGUUCGAGAAGCGCCUCUUCUCCUAGGCGCCUCGUCGCCCCUUCUUCCUGCGCAGGUCGUCGGUCGGUCGGUGAGCGAGGAGGCUUGUAUCGUUGGUGUCGCAGCAGUCGUGGUUGGGUCGGGUUGUGCGUUCCUCCUCCUUCUCCCACCUCGCGCUCCCCUUGUAGUUUUCCCUCCCCCUCUCGCCUGGUUUAUUCCCCUCAUUGCCCUAGAUCCUCGCGCCAUGCCAAACAUCGCACACGCAUUCUGCGCUCGCUCGUU